AUGAGGGUGAAGAAGGUACUUGUGGAAGCUGGACAGGGUCAAUUGUUUGAUAGAUGGGAAGAGUUAAAUGAAGCGGACAAAACGCUGUUGGAACGAAAUUUCCAGCGUAUCUGUGAAAAGAAUAAUGUGGGAAAAUUGGUUCAAAAUUGUCAGCGGGCCAUUGAGUUGGCAGAGCAGAAUGAGAACUCUCAAAUUGCCAUUGAGCCUUUACCAGCGAGUUCUUAUGAGUCAGUGAUCGGGAAUCUUGAGAAACGCGAAAUUUACGGUAAAUUGGGGCUAGAAGCGAUCCAGCGCGGUGAAGUAGCCGUAAUUUUGAUGGCAGGAGGUCAAGGAACGCGUUUGGGGUCGUCAAGGCCCAAAGGUUGCUAUGAUAUUGGGUUGCCGUCUCAAAAAUCGUUAUUCCAAAUCCAAGCUGAGCGAUUAGGUAGACUUCAGACGAUUGCAAAAUGCGAAAAACCUAUACAAUGGUAUAUCAUGACCUCGGCUCCGACAAGAGCCGCUACAGAAUCUUUCUUCGAAGAUAACCACUUUUUCGGGCUUUCUUCGGAGCAAGUAUCGUUUUUCAACCAGGGCACGCUGCCAGCGUUCGAUCUCGACGGAAAACAUCUCCUGCAAGCCACUCCCACGUCUCUUGUUGAGUCCCCUGACGGUAAUGGAGGCCUGUAUCGCGCCAUUAGAGAUAAUCAUUUACUUGAAGAGUUUGCUGCGAAAAAUAUCAAGCAUAUCCACAUGUACUGCGUCGAUAAUGUGUUAGUUAAAAUCGCUGACCCGGUCUUCAUCGGCUAUGCCAUUAAAAACAGUUUCGAACUAGCCACUAAAGCCGUGCGCAAAAGAGACGCUGCCGAAUCUGUGGGUCUUAUCGCAACGAAACAAGCAAAACCUUGUGUGAUCGAAUACUCAGAAAUUUCGAAACAAAUGGCUGAAGCUCGCGACGAAGACGGCCUGUUGAAAUUAAGAGCCGCAAACAUUGUCAACCAUUACUAUUCGGUCGAGCUUUUACAAAAACAACUGAACACCUGGUGCGAAACGCUUCCUUACCACAUUGCUAAGAAAAAAAUACCUAUUUAUGACGCCGCGACUCAAAAAUAUGUUAAACCCGAGACUCCAAAUGGUAUCAAGCUUGAAAUGUUUAUUUUUGACGUUUUUCCCUCGGUGCCAUUGAACAAAUUCGGAUGUUUGGAAGUUGAUAGAGAGAGUGAAUUUGCUCCGCUUAAGAAUGCAUCUGGUAGUGCUAACGACAAUCCGGAAACAAGUCGACAAGCUUUCCUGAAUUUAUGUGUGCGCUGGUUGAAGUUGGCAGGUGCCAAGGUUGACGACGAUGCGCAAGUCGAAAUUUCUAGUGCUAUCACAUAUGAGGGUGAAGGCCUUGAGAACUUCAAGGGUAAAAAAAUUACAAAUGGCUCUUAUUUGGUCUGA